AUGCAUGAUGUAACAGAGGGAGUUGCUCGUUAUGAUAUGGCUGUUAUAAUCACACAAUUAAUAAAUGAUAAGUAUUUUACAUUAAUUGUUGGCGAACUAGUUCCUAUAGAAACCCCUGUUUGGCAAUUGUAUAUAGCGUUGCGAAAAAUUGUUGAUAUUUGCUGUGCAAAAACAAUUCAAUCCGAAUGUUCUCAUUUAUUGGAUCAAAUAGUGGCUGAACAUAAUAGACUUUAUUUGUUAUUAUCUGGAAGUAAUCUUAAACCUAAAUUUCACAUGUUAACCCAUUAUGGGAGACUUUUAAUUAAAAAUGGACCAUUAAUAUUGACUUCUUGUAUUAGAUUUGAAGCCAAGCAUAAAAUAUUAAAAGCUUUUGCAAAUUCAAUUCCUUGUAGAAUCAACCUUGGUCAUACCCUAGCAAAUAAAAUUCAACUGCAAAUGGCAAGUCGAUAUUUGACUAUGUCUGGUUUAGGACCAUUUGUACACUUUUUGGCCCAACAGAUAAAACUUUAUUGA